ACUCCCACUGGGCGGCUGGUUUUCAACUACCUGUAUCUUCCUUCACAGAAAGACCCAAAUUACCAGAUAAUUAUACUCAGGACACCUGGCAAAAACUUCAUGAAGCCGUGGGAGCGAUACAGAGUAGCAUUUCUAUUAAAUACAACCUUGAAGAGCUCUACCAGGCUGUUGAAAAUCUCUGUUCUUACAAAGUCUCUGCCACACUGUACAAACAGCUGCGACAAGUCUGUGAAGAUCAUGUGAAAGCACAAAUCCUUCAAUUUAGAGAAGAUUCUCUGGAUAGUCUUUUAUUUUUAAAGAAGAUUAAUAAAUGCUGGCAAGAUCAUUGCAGACAAAUGAUCAUGAUCAGAAGCAUUUUCUUGUUUUUGGAUCGUACUUACGUACUUCAGAAUUCAAUGCUUCCUUCUAUAUGGGAUAUGGGGCUAGAGUUAUUUAGAAAUCACGUCAUUAGUGACAAGCAAGUUCAAAACAAGGCUAUUGAUGGAAUCCUCCUGCUGAUCGAACGAGAACGGAAUGGUGAAGCUGUGGACAGAAGUUUGCUGCGGAGCUUGUUGAGCAUGCUCUCUGAUCUCCAGGUUUACAAGGAGUCAUUUGAACAGAGGUUUCUGGAAGAGACAAAUUGCUUAUAUGCUGCAGAGGGCCAAAGAUUAAUGCAAGAAAGAGAGGUCCCAGAAUAUCUUCACCAUGUUAAUAAACGUUUGGAAGAAGAAGGAGACAGAGUAAUAACAUAUUUAGACCACAGCACACAGAAACCACUGAUUGCUUCUGUGGAGAAACAGCUACUAGGAGAACACUUAUCAGCUAUUUUGCAAAAAGGACUUGAUAACCUGCUCGAUGAAAAUAGAAUAUCAGAUUUGACCCAGACAUACCAGCUGUUCAGCCGGGUAAAAGGUGGGCAGCAGAUCCUUUUGCAACAUUGGAGUGAAUAUAUCAAGAACUUUGGGACAACAAUAGUGGUUAAUCCUGAAAAGGACAAGGAUAUGGUGCAAGAGCUACUAGAUUUUAAGGAUAAAGUGGACCAUAUCAUAGAAGUGUGCUUUCAGAAAAAUGAAAAAUUUAUAAACUUGAUGAAGGAGUCCUUUGAAACAUUUAUCAACAAGAGACCAAAUAAGCCUGCAGAAUUGAUAGCAAAAUACGUGGAUUCCAAGUUAAGAGCUGGUAAUAAAGAAGCAACAGAUGAAGAGCUGGAAAGAAUCCUUGACAAAAUCAUGAUCAUAUUUAGAUUCAUUCAUGGUAAAGAUGUGUUUGAGGCAUUUUAUAAGAAAGACUUGGCCAAAAGACUGCUGGUUGGGAAAAGUGCAUCAGUAGAUGCUGAGAAGUCCAUGUUGUCAAAGCUUAAACAUGAAUGUGGCGCUGCUUUUACCAGCAAACUGGAGGGCAUGUUCAAGGACAUGGAACUGUCAAAAGAUGUCAUGGUUCAGUUUAAGCAGUAUAUGCAGAACCAAAGUGACCCAGGAAAUAUAGACCUGACAGUAAAUAUAUUAACUAUGGGAUAUUGGCCAACUUACACACCUAUGGAAGUCCACUUAAAUUCAGAGAUGAUAAAGCUUCAAGAGGUAUUUAAAACCUUUUACCUGGGAAAACACAGUGGUCGAAAGCUUCAGUGGCAGACCACUUUAGGGCAUGCUGUCCUAAAGGCGGAAUUUAAGGAAGGAAAGAAAGAAUUUCAAGUAUCGCUCUUUCAGACAUUAGUGUUGCUUAUGUUUAAUGAAGGAGAUGAAUUCAGUUUUGAAGAAAUUAAAAUGGCUACUGGUGUAGAGGACAGUGAAUUAAGAAGAACCUUGCAGUCUUUAGCUUGUGGAAAAGCACGAGUAUUGAUUAAAAAUCCAAAGGGCAAGGAUGUAGAAGAUGGAGAUAAAUUCAUCUUUAAUGGUGAUUUCAAGCAUAAAUUGUUUAGAAUAAAGAUCAAUCAAAUCCAAAUGAAAGAAACAGUCGAGGAACAAGUCAGCACAACUGAAAGAGUAUUUCAAGACAGGCAGUAUCAGAUCGAUGCUGCUAUUGUACGAAUAAUGAAGAUGAGAAAGACUCUUGGUCAUAACCUCCUUGUUUCUGAAUUGUAUAAUCAACUGAAAUUUCCCGUAAAGCCUGGAGACUUGAAAAAGAGGAUUGAAUCUCUCAUUGACAGAGACUAUAUGGAGAGAGACAAAGACAACCCCAAUCAGUACCACUAUGUUGCAUAA